CAAACGAAUGUGGUGGUCGCCUGCGGUAGUGAAAAGUAAUUUAUUAUUUUUAGUUAUAUUUUCGUUAAAACGAACUGUGUGGUGAAUUCAGUAAAGUGAUCAGUACGUGUUAUAAUGCUUCAGUCGGUAAUAAAUACAUUUUGGAGUGAAUAUGUUUGGUUACCGCCUAAUACAACUUGGGCUGACAUUGCGCCUGGCCCGGAUAAGACUGUAAUUUAUACGGACCAUCGGCAUGUUUUCUUUCCUAUACCGUUAGCGCUUGCUUUUAUAAGUCUACGCUAUGUAUUAGAAAGAUUUUUCUAUGCUCCUUUCGGCAAGUACUUGGGCAUAAAAGACAGCAGACCGCGACGGGCGCCAGACAACCCUAAACUUGAAGCAGCUUAUAGGGCAGGACCUAAAACACCUAAGCAGCUAUGCGCGUUAGCAAAGCAGCUGGACAUGACGGAGAGGCAGGUGGAGCGAUGGUUUCGACUCCGCCGGAGCCAGGACAAGCCCUCCACGCUCGUCAAGUUCUGCGAGAACCUGUGGAAGUUCACGUUUUACGUGUGCAACUUUAGCUUCGGCGUGUAUAUACUGUGGGAUAAAGUGUGGCUGUGGAAUAUCGACCAUUGUUAUAUUGGAUAUCCGCAUCAGGGACUCACAAGCGACGUAUGGUGGUACUACAUGAUAUCGUCCGCGUUCUACUGGUCGCUGACCAUAUCCCAGUUCUGGGACGUCCGACGCAAGGACUUCUGGCAGAUGUUCGUGCACCACAUCGCCACCAUCGCGCUGCUCUCCUUCUCGUGGGUCUGCAACUUGCACAGGAUCGGGACACUAGUGCUGCUGCUGCAUGACUGCGCUGAUAUAUUCUUGGAGGCGGUAAAAGCAACUAAAUACGCGAGCUACCAACGUCUCUGCGACAGUUUGUUCCUUAUGUUAGUGGUUGUGUGGAUCGCCACCAGGGUUGGAAUCUUCCCAUUCUACAUUAUAUGGAGCACGUCAAUCCGCGCGCCGCAAAUAGUGCCGAUGUUCCCCGCGUACUAUAUAUUCAACUCGCUGCUCUGCUUGCUGCUGAUGCUGCACAUCGUCUGGACCAUGUUCAUAUUGCAGAUUGCGUAUAAUGCUGUAAAGGCUGGCCAGAUGGACGGCGACGUAAGGAGUUCGUCGGAAGUGAGCGACAGUCCAAACUCAAAUCACAGCUCGCCCACGAGGAACAAAAACAAAAAGUGA